AUGGUACAGGUUAGUAAACCUGUAAUUUCAUCAUAUUCUUCAGCCAAGCCCGGAGGCAGCAGCGGCGAUGCUGGCGGAAGUCUCAGUGGCGGAGUCAUUGCACAGAAUAGUAUGAACGAACAAGGGGGCGAUGAGGACUAUCCCGACGAGGAGGGGAACGAAGCAGGGACUGGAAUCACAGGAGCUGGUGGCACAAUGUUAAAGACCAGUAAGAAGACGCGAAUGAAGGAUUCCAGCAAUCGGAUGAAAACUCACAAUUACUCGAACAAGGAGCAAGAUUUUCAGGUGAGCAUAACGGAUUUGUGUUGCCAAAAUUGA